GUCUGUCCUCGUUCCUCCAAUGAGCAUCUGCCUCUGCUCUCUACUCCGGUUUAUUUUGUCCUCUUUCUGGGUCUGUCACGUCUGCUCUAUCUGGCCCCGAAGGCCGGCGAACUGUGUGAAAAAAAUAUCUUAAAUGCCUAUCUGGCCCAGAUUGCCCUCAACUCAACUGACGGGUUGCGAUUCGGUCGUGUCUCAACAUGGAGUCGUGUAUUCAACCUCCAAUUCACCCCGGGACUUGGAAAAGGCCAAACUCGUGGCCUGUCCAAUGUUUUGCCUUGUCGACGAACCAAUGAUUGUUGUGCUGGUGGACGGGUGGUUUUUACCGCUGUUUCAUUUGGGCCGGCAAUCCGCAUGUCUGUCUGCCAGAUAGAUUUUGGGCCCGACAUCCAAGACUCGACCCUAAGGUCUAGUCCGGGAAUAGGGCUUCUACACCGCUCGCACACCCCCCGUUUUGAUUGGGGAUCUGUCCGAUUAUUUGUACUACUAACUGGAAAGCCAACACCAUAUCAAUUAAUAGAAAUUACUGAAAUGACUAGUCCCGACAUCCGUAGCAGAUGGAAUCAGAGCUUCAACAUAUUUCGGAGGAUUCCUACCUCAAAUUGCAAUUCCGAUGGUAUUGCAAUGGGAUUUUAA